AUGGGCGCCAAUCUCUCCUCAACAUUCGUCCCCGACCUUUCGGGCGUCGUUCUGAGCCCCGAGGACCGCAACGCCGACAUACAUCUCGCUGUCUUCUGGGCAGCCUCUCUGUACGCAAUCGCCAUGGUCUUCAGCACAUGCGCCUUGAUCGACCGCUGGAAGGGCCCCUACGACCGCGUCCGGACGACCGGAGGUUCAGUGCUGGGAGCGUUGCUAUUAUCGACGGCCUGGCCUGUGGUUAUGGCGUACCUGCUGUUUUCGCCGGCCGAUUACGAGUAA